AUGACCUCUUCUUCUCCCUCAGAACGUGCAGCCGCACUCGUGCAAUGGGCAACUUCCAACGGCGCCACCAUCAACCCUUCAGUACAAGUCUCUCACUUGCCCGAAACAGGCCUCUCAUUCUGCGCAACAGCACCUACAUCGCCCUUUGACACAAUCGUCAGCAUCCCUCCCUCUCUAACUCUCUCCUAUCUCAACACUCUUCCCGGACGUGACGAUCCGAAACCCUUUAGCUCGAAUUUUCUGGCCAAGACUCCGCCUCAUGUCAUUGGACGCUUCGUUCUCAUCAAGCACUUUCUUCUCAGAGAGUCUUUCUGGACGCCGUAUAUACAGGCUCUCCCGCAACCAAACGACGUUGAUUCGUGGUCUCUUCCACCCUUUUGGCCUGAUGAGGAUGCAGAGCUUUUUGAAGGGACGAAUAUCGAGGUUGGUGUCGCCAACAUAAAAGCCAAUGUCAUGCGCGAGUUCAGAGCUGGUUGUGAUCUUUUGGACAGGGACGAUUGGGAGCCUGAGCUUCUAAAACAGUUCACUCUACCACUAUAUCAGUGGGCGUACAGCAUCUUUUCUAGCAGAAGUUUCCGACCAAGCCUUGUUCUAGGACUAGAAGACCAACAACGUCUCCCCGAAAACGUCAAACUGGACGACUUUUCUGUUCUCAUGCCGCUCUUUGACGUGGGAAACCACGACAUGACCACUCAAGUACGAUGGGAGCGUGACGAAAAGAGCAACGACUGCAGUCUCAAGGUCGGAAAGGCGUAUCAGCCAGGAGAGCAGAUCUUCAAUAACUACAGCAUGAAGACAAACGCCGAGCUACUACUUGGUUACGGAUUCAUGCUCCCCGAGACAGAAGAGUUGCACAAUGACUAUGUCCACGUGCGAAAGCGUCAACCCGCUCAGGGUGAAGCUACAGAAGAGUAUUACAUCUCGCUCCGCCCUAUCCGACACGCCAGCUCCCUCCUCGCACGAACCAAACAAGCCGUAAAACUUAAAGAAUCCACAUCCGUACUCGGCGCCUUCCAGCAUGUUCAGCACGACAUGGUGUGGGACAUCUUCUGCACUCUCGCACCGCCCGAGCAGCGCGCGCAGUUCAUCUGUGAGGGCUCAGAGCAGGAGCAACAGAACAAGUUCUUCAGUGGACAGGUCAGUGAGGACGGACGGAUGUUUAUGCAGCAGACAGCGGCUAUUAUCCAGCACAAGGUGAUGCAGGAGCUGGAGAGGCUACUAGAGACGGAUGUGGAAGUUGUUGGUGGAGGGGAUUUGACGAGGAAUCAGCAGUUGGCGCUGGAUUAUAGAGCGAGAUGUAAAAAGGUUCUUGAGACUACGCUCGAGGCUAUGGAUAUGGAUGAGUUGUUUGGUGAGGAUGAAGAGGAAUAG